AUGGAACCACUAAUUAGUCAUGAUGAAAAUGACAGCUUCUUUUCAAAUUUACCAUCACAAAUUACCAUUGAUAUACUUACAAGAUUGCCGAUCAAGAUCCUCAGCAGGUGCCGCUGCGUGUGCAAGCCAUGGGUAACACUGAUUUCCAGCCCGGAAUUCGCCGAUCUGCGAAAAUCAAGACUGCCACCCAGCCUGAUGGUAUUCAAGGAAACCAGUUCCUUCAACAUGGUUGAGCUUGAAAACGAACCCACCAGCCAUGACUUUUACUAUCUUCCAGGUUCAGAAAUGAAGCUUCCGAAAGGAUUUCCGCAGAAUUCUGUUUCCAUGUUUGGUUCCAUCAACGGGUUGAUCUGUUUUCACGAAUUCGGGUUUCGUUGUAAGGAUAGAGUCCGUUUAUGGAAUCCAACGACCCGGGAGAGCAUAACUAUUCCAAGCCCUGGAGGGGCGAUGGAAUUUCCCAACAUAACCACAUACGGAUUCGGGUUAAGCUCCGUAAAUGGUCAUUACAAAGUUGUCAGGAUUUACCAGGAGUUGCAGAGGAAUGAACAGGGGGAGCUGACCCGGAUAAUCAAAUCCGAAUGUCAUGUUUAUACAUUCGGAGAAGGAAGCUGGCGGCUCCGUGGAAACGCCCCAUUUCUGUACAGUUGCAGAACGCGGGGCGUAUUUUUCCAUGGAAAUCUUCACUGGCUGAUAACAGAUCCAGAUGGCCCUGAACGGAUUUCGUGUUUCGAUCUCGAAAAUGAGACAUUCAGGGCAUUUCCAGGUCCGCCUGAUCUGGAAAAUUACAACUUGGCUAGUUUAGAAGUCUACAACAACAAAAAUAGUUGUCUGAGUGUAUGCGACAACAGUUCGGAUUUCGAAAUCACGAUAUGGUUGAUGAAGGAGUACGGUGUGAAAGAAUCGUGGGUGAAACAAUUUGUGAUUGACAAACAUCCCGUUGACCUGACAGGGAAGUCCUAUGAAGUGGUUCAGAUUCUUAAAGUUUUCGAAGAUGGAGAGAUUCUGAUGCUAUGGAGAGAUGAUCUGCCGCUUUCUUUUGAUCCGAAGAACAAUUUAUUGAAAAGGGUUGAAAUAAAAAAGCUCGCUAGGGAUCCAGAAAGCCCGGAAUUCGCCAAUUUACGCGAAUCAAGAUUGCCACCAAGCUUAAUGGUGUUCAAGAACACCAGUUCAUUCAAUAUGGUUGGGCUUGAAAACGACCCCGCCAGCAAUGACUUUUAUUAUCUUCCAGAUUCAGAGAUGAAGCUCCCUGAAGGAUUCCCGGAGAACUCUGUUUCCAUGUUUGGUUCCAUCAAUGGGUUGAUCUGCUUUCACGAAUUCGGGUUUCACUGUUCAGAUGAAGUUCGUUUAUGGAACCCAAUGACCUGGGAAUGCAUAACAAUCCCGAGCCCUGGAGGAAUAAUGGAAUCUCCCAAUAGAAAGACAUACGGAUUCGGGUUAAGUUCAACAACUGGUCAUUACAAAGUAGUCAGAAUUUACCAGGAGUUGCAGAGGAACAAUGAUCAGGAGAAUGGGAUUCUAACCCGAAUAAUGAAAUCCGAAUGCCAUGUUUAUACAUUUGGAACAGGAUGCUGGCGGCUCCGGGGACAUGCCCCGUUUCUGUACAGUGUUCGAACGCACGGAAUUUUUCACAAUGGCAAUCUUCACUGGCUGAUUACAGAUCCAGACGGCCCUGAAUUGAUCUCGUGUUUCAAUCUUGAAAAGGAGACAUUCAGGGCAUUUCCAGGUCCACCUGAACUGGAAAAAAACAACCUAGCAACCUUAGAAGUCUACAACAACAAAGAUGAUAAUUGUCUGAGUGUAUGCGACAACACAUCGGAUUUCAAAAUCACGAUAUGGUUGAUGAAGGAGUACGGUGUGAAAGAAUCUUGGGUGAAACAAUUUGUGAUUGACAAACAUCAAAUUGACCUGAUUGGGAAGUACUAUGAAGUGGUUCAGAUUCUUAAAGUUUUCGAAGAUGGAGAGAUCCUGAUGCUAUGGAGAGAUGAUCAGCCGCUUUCUUUCGAUCCUAAGAACAAUUUAUUGAAAAGGGUUGAAAUGAAAAAGCUCGUUGGCCAUCCAGAAAGGUUUAUGAUCAUGGAAGUAGUUGACUAUGUCCCUAGCUUUGUCUCCCUGAAGAGUUUUGGAAACGAAAUGGUCAAAAACACAUUUUAG